CAGUUGUCAUUUGGGGAGUAGAGUGGUGGGCAUUGGUCGCAGGACUCACUGACCGAGACAUUGUCCGCUAAACUUCUAAAUGGACGCCUCUUCUCCUCUCUUACUGUGAGAGAGGACGAAAAGCUGGUCUGUUUCUGGAGUAAUAUGCCAGAGAGGAACUAAACGGCAUCAUGAGCUGGUUUUAUUGUGUGUGUUCUCUCCUCCUUGUGCUGGCAGGUUCUGGCUCCUGCUCUGAUGAUGAAACGCGUCUGGUGAAAACCUUAUUCACAGGCUACAACAAAGUAGUCCGCCCUGUCAAUCACUUCAAGGACCCUGUUGUGGUUACCGUUGGGCUGCAGCUUAUCCAGCUCAUUAGUGUGGACGAAGUCAAUCAGAUUGUCACAAGCAACGUCAGACUGAAGCAGAAAUGGAAAGAUGUGAAUUUACAGUGGAAUCCUGACGAUUAUGGAGGAAUCCAAAAGAUAAGAAUCCCAUCCACGGACCUUUGGCGCCCUGACCUCGUUCUCUACAAUAAUGCUGACGGUGACUUUGCCAUCGUGCACGAGACCAAAGUGUUGCUGGAGUACGACGGCAUGAUCACUUGGAACCCGCCCGCCAUCUUCAAGAGCUACUGUGAGAUCAUCGUGCUCCACUUCCCCUUCGACUUGCAGAACUGCACCAUGAAACUGGGCACCUGGACCUACGAUGGCCUGCUGGUCGUCAUCAAUCCAGACCACGACCGGCCUGACCUGAGCAACUUCAUGGAGAGCGGUGAGUGGGUGAUGAAGGACUACCGCAGCUGGAAGCACUGGGUCUACUACGCCUGCUGCCCGGACACGCCCUACCUGGACAUCACCUACCACUUCCUGAUGCUGCGCCUGCCGCUCUACUUCAUCGUCAACGUCAUCAUCCCCUGCAUGCUCUUCUCCUUCCUCACAGGCCUGGUGUUCUACCUGCCCACGGACUCUGGUGAGAAGAUGACCCUGAGCAUCUCUGUCCUGCUGUCUCUGACUGUGUUCCUGCUGGUCAUUGUGGAGCUCAUCCCCUCCACCUCCAGCGCUGUGCCCCUGAUAGGGAAGUACAUGCUGUUCACCAUGGUCUUCGUCAUCGCCUCCAUCAUCAUCACCGUCAUCGUCAUCAACACCCACCACCGCUCCCCCAGCACACACACUAUGCCUGAAUGGGUUCGCAAGAUUUUCAUCGAUACCAUUCCCAACCUCAUGUUCUUCUCUACGAUGAAGCGACCAUCCCUAGAGAAGCAAGCCAAGACCAUCUAUUCUCCUGAACUUGACAUUUCAGACAUCUCUGGCAAGCCACAUCCAGCACCUGUCACGUAUGAGUCCCCCGUGCUCAGAAAUCCAGAUGUACGCAGUGCCAUUGAAGGGGUCAAGUACAUUGCCGAGACCAUGAAAUCGGACGAGGAGUCCAACAAUGCCUGCGAGGAGUGGAAGUUUGUUGCCAUGGUGCUGGACCACAUUCUGCUUUGUGUCUUCAUGGCCGUCUGCAUUAUCGGCACUCUCGGGGUGUUUGCCGGCCGCCUCAUUGAACUCAGCCUGCAACCCUAAAAAGCAGCGACGCUCUUCAUGUGAAGCAUUAACAUGACUAAUCAACAAUUCUCUGGAAUUGGAAAAGGGAUUAAUUCCAGACGUUUGAAAAAAUAUAGACAUUUUAAGAGUAUUCAAUUUGUACAGACCAAUGUCUGGUGUUUCUUUUUGUCCUUUUUGGAGUACUGACAGGCAUCGUAUUUUCAUAGCAAUUACAGAAAUGUGUGCCUUGUAAAAGAGAUGACUCUGGGACACACAUGAGAUCCAUAAAAAGUCAAUAAGAUCUAACCAGCCUAGAAACAUCCAAAACCCAGGCAUUUGUGCUAGCUAAUAAUAUGAAAUGCACACUGAAUGCAUGGGGUGGACUCCUACCAUGGUGAAAUCAGGCUGAGUUUAGCUGAAAUAUGCUUACAAUACUUCCACAAUUUAAAAAAGCAUGGCCCCUUGACAGAAUAGAGUUACAUGAAGGAUCUUCCCUCCUAUUGUUAGACUGAGUUAAGACUGAAGUGAGGAAUUCAGAAAAUAAAAGAUACGGGUUGGUGUGCACUGUGUUCCCAGUGGAGGUUGCUAAAUCUGGCUGCCUGCAUCUCACUGUCCGUGGAGCAUCUGGGGUUAUAUUUAUACAGUAUAGUCUGUGUGAUUUUACUUUUUUUAGCAAUGUCAGUGCGACAUCUCUUCUAACUGAAAUGUGUAUGUAUGUCUAAUUUCUAACUUUUCACUUAACGUUACUGUCUUCCAGUAUUGUAUCAAUGUAUCUUUAUUUGAUUAUUAACCGUUUUAAUAAUAGAAUAAACCAAGGAUUUGAAAUAA